AUGGGGGGAGAAAACCAGACAGCUGUUUCCCAGUUCCUGCUGCUCGGCCUCACGGAUGACCCGGCCCUGCGGCCCCUCCUCUUCGGCCUGUUCCUGUGCGUCUACCUGGUCACCGUGCUGGGGAACCUGCUCAUCAUCCUGGCCGUGUACUGCGAUGCCCACCUCCACACCCCCAUGUACUUCUUCCUCGGCAGCCUGUCUUUUACAGACAUGUGGAUCAGCACCACCACCGUCCCCAAGAUGUUGACCAACCUCUGGACUGGGGACCACAGCAUCACCUACGCCGGCUGCCUCACCCAAAUCUGCUACGUGUUGAUCCUGGGUGGCUUUGAAAGCUGUCUGCUGGCCGCGAUGGCCUAUGACCGCUACGUGGCCAUCUGCCAGCCGCUGAGAUACACACUGCUGAUGAACCCACGCCUGUGCAUCCUGCUGGUCCUGCUCUCGCUGUGCGUCAGCCUCCUCAACGCCCUCCUGCACUGCCUGAUGGUGCUGCGCCUGGCCUUCUGCACGCGCCUGGAGAUCCGUCACUUCUUCUGCGAGCUGGUGCCCGUCAUCCGGCUCGCCUGCUCCGACACCUUCCUCAACCAACUCCUGAUCUAUUUCGUGACCAGCCUGUUUGCUGGCAUCCCUCUUACUGGCAUCAUCUUCUCUUACGGCAGGAUCGUCUCCUCGGUCCUGAGGAUGCCGUCAGCCAGGGGGAGGCACAAAGCCUUUUCCACCUGCGGGGCCCAUCUGUCAGUGGUGUCCUUGUUCUAUGGGACAGCGUUCGGGGUCUACAUGAGCUCGGCCGUGGGUGAAUCUUCCAUGGGAAGUGUUGUGGCCUCCAUGAUGUACAUUGUGGUCCCCCAGAUGAUGAACCCCUUCAUCUACAGCCUGAGGAACAGGGAAAUGAAGGGGGCCUUGAGGAGCCUCGUCCUUCGAAGUAGUUCCAUUUUGACACCAUCUUAG